UUGUUAAGAGUUUUGAAAAGGCGGAAGUUUAUCACAGAAGAACGAGGGAAACGAAAGAAAGAUGCGGACGAAAGUGACACCGAACGUGCUUACGACGAAGAAGUUUCGGAUAGUAUCAUGAACUUGGAUGUGGUUAGAACAGUCAUUGAACAAGCUCUGUCCGCAGUCCCACCGGCUCAGGCUUCCGGUAUGCUGGUGGAAAUGUGGAAGGAAUGCAACAACGUUUCGUUGAUUCCUAACAUUGAAAAAAUCAAGAAUUUUAUUGUGGACAAAUUGAAAGAAUUUGACAAUGAGGACACGAGGUUAUUUGAGAUUGAGGAGGCCUGCAAGGGUGGAAGCAGCGAUUUUGGCAGAACGUCGUCUGGUUUGUUCAAUCCGCAUUCCGAUUAA